AUGUUAACCUUUAAUGAUAAGCUCCUUGGUGCCGCUUUUAUGCUGGGGGCCGCUUUCCUAGCUGUGGCUCGCCGUGAUCUGAUCUCUCCCGGUCUAGCCGGCCUCAUCAUUACUCACGCACUUCAAUUCUCCUCUACGCUUACCUGGCUUGUUAAGCAGAUUUCUGAUCUGGAGACUAGCUCUGUUUCAUUGGAGCGCCUUCACGAGUACUCGAUGGUGACUAUUCUUGAUAGCAUGUCAUUGGUUUUACUGCAUAAAGCUUUCCAUCUUUAUCUUGGUUUUAAGUGUAUUCGGUUUUCAUGUUCUACAGCCCUAAACUAG